UGGGACCAAAUGUGAAAAUCGUCCUUUCUUUACUUUUUGUAAAAGCACAGAAUACUAAUCACAACUACUAUUCUGUGGUAAAAGUGUAAGUAAUUCAUCGCCACUUUCUUUAUACUUCUGCCAAUUAAACUCUAAAAUGGAUACCACUGAAGAUUCACUUAUUUUACAGAAGAAGCUCUAUUUCUUAUUAGAACAACUUCAGAAUAUGGCUAAAGAUCUCCCACCUAAAUAUCAAAUGAGACUGCCCUGUGAGCUACUAUCAAGCUUGGCGAAUUGUUUACUUAACGAGACAGUAUUUGAAAUAGUUAAGGGCCUUUUAGAAAUUCAACAUGUUACUGAACAACAUUUAUAUCAACAGAGGUUACAAUUUGUUCACCAGAAAAAAAAUCAAGAAAAAGAAAUUUUAAAACAAUAUGAACAUGACACUGAUCGAAAAAUUCAAGAAUUGCAGAAAUUUAUGUUGGAGCAGAAAGAGGAACUAAAAGCAUUUGACAUGAACCUAGUUUUGCAGUUGGACCAAAAAGUUUCAGACCAACAAGAUAUUUUACAGAAAGCUGGUGUACCUGGUUUUUAUGUAACAACCAAUCCAACAGAGAUUAAAGUACAGAUGCAUUUAUUGGACUUUUUACUGCGUUUAAGUAAGAUGACAAUUCCAAUAUAAAUACUUUUAUUUUAUUUUGACGUAAAUGAAUCUGUGAUAUGUUUCUAAAUAAAUAGCAAUAUAAGUACAAUAA